CAUCGCGGGCGGCGGCUCAGAAAGAAGAAGAAGAGGAAGAAGGAGCAGCGGAGGAGGGUGGGAGUGAGUUAUUUUUUUUUUUUUCCCUCCCCCUCCACGCGAGUUUUCAGCCAUGAAUCCCAAUUGUGCGCGCUGCGGGAAGAUCGUGUAUCCCACGGAGAAGGUGAACUGCUUGGAUAAGUUCUGGCACAAAGCAUGUUUCCACUGCGAGACCUGCAAGAUGACCCUAAACAUGAAGAACUACAAGGGCUACGAGAAGAAGCCGUAUUGCAACGCACACUACCCGAAGCAAUCCUUCACCAUGGUGGCAGACACCCCCGAGAACCUGCGCCUAAAGCAGCAGAGUGAGCUCCAGAGCCAGAUUCGCUACAAGGAGGAGUUUGAGAAGAACAAGGGCAAAGGCUUCAGCGUGGUGGCCGACACCCCGGAGCUGCAGAGGAUCAAAAAGACUCAGGAUCAGAUCAGCAACAUCAAAUACCACGAGGAGUUCGAGCGGAGCAGGAUGGGCCCCAGCCCCAGCGAGGGCUCGGAGCCGGAGCGCAGGAAUUCCCAGGAGAGCUCCGGUUACCGGAGACCCGCCGAGCAGCAGCACCAGCCGUCCCACCACGUCCAGCCCACCAACCCAGUGUACCAGCAGCAGCCGCCGUCCCAAUCCUAUGGAUACAAGGAGCCGGCGGCUCCGGCCUCGACACAGCGCAGUGCCCCGUCUGCAGGGGGGAAGCGUUUCCGCGCCGUCUACGACUACAACGCGGCGGACGAGGACGAGGUUUCCUUCCAGGACGGCGACACCAUCAUCAACGUGCAGCAGAUCGACGACGGGUGGAUGUACGGCACCGUGGAGCGCACGGGGGACACGGGCAUGCUGCCCGCCAACUACGUGGAGGCCAUCUGAGCCCUCAGGGGGGAGGAAAGGGGGUCCAGCCCAGCCCCCAGCCCGGGGCUGUCCCCCCCCGGUGUGUGUGUGUGUGAGCCCCUCUGCCCCAGCGUCCCUGCUCCGUGUGCUCCGGUGCCUCCGGACGGCCCGGCUCCCGUGUCCGUGUGUCCGCAGCCGCCUCCGGGUUCUCCCGCCCGUUCAGCUCCGUCGUGGCCCCGUGGGGACGGAGGGACUGUGUGCAAGGGGGGGCAUGAGGGGCUGCAGCUCCCCUGCUCCCUGGGGCUCCCUCCUCUCCAGCCCCCCCGGGCGCUCGGGCCUUUCCUGGCCGGGGGGAGCAGCCGGAGUUGCCGCGAUCCCAGAAAAGAGAGGGAGAGACCAUGUUAGGACCAAAUUCCCCCCGCCCUGGCAGGGCUGGGCGGAGGUGCCCGUGCGGGUGAGCUGAGGGAUGCUCAUCCCCAGGGUGCCCUGGGCUGCAGGGAUGGGCUGGAAGCCUCCACCUGCCCCACCCUGGCUCCAGCCCAUCCCAUUGCUGCUCCCGGCCCCUCUGCGCAGUUCCCGUUCAAUCUUUGCUCCCUUCGGUCCUCAGAACAGGAAAACAUUCACAGUUAGGAUCUCAAACAAAGCCUUUGUCCUCGGGGUCCCCAGCGGCUGCUCUGGGCAGCCCUGGGGGUGGCUCUGGGUGCUCCUGCCUCGGGCUCUGGCUGCCCCCUUCCACCUCCCUGAUUUCCCCUGGUUGAAGGAGCAGCUUUGGGGUUGCUCUGGCUCCAGGGCUGGAGCUGGGCUGAGCCCCCCUGCAGCUCCAGCUCCCCCCAACCGGGGUCUGGGUGUCCCCUGGAAGCCUCUUCCUCGCCGCUCCCCAAAUUCACCCAGAACCUUCCUGCUUUUCUCUUGCUGCUGCCACCGGGGUUUCGGGACCCUCCUGAGCCCCCCACCUGCUGGGAGGAUGGUGUGGGGAGCCAGCAGGAUCAGUCCCUAUCCCUGUGCCUCCUCUGAGCCGGGUGUGAAGGAUCCUCCCCCUCUGGCACCACGCUGGGACUGACCUGGGUGAGUGUCCCCCUCCAGCACCCUGCUCUGGAGUGACUGGGCACCCUGAGCCACCCUGCACCUCGUUCCCAGCCACGGUGGCAGCUUUUGGGACCACCACUGACUUGGAAUCAUGUCAUGGACCAAAAUCUCCGGGCACAUCCCUGUCCCCUUCUCCUCUGGGCUCCCAAGGUGCCGGAGCAGGUCGGGGUCGGGAUAACUGGAAGCCUGUGUGAGGAGGGAGGAGUGGGACGCUCCUCUCCUGAGUCACAGGAGCAGGACAAGGGGACAGUGGUGUCCCCUUGCCGGGCUGCACCACGACACUUCCAGGGGGACAGUGUCACCUUUGCUAUUCCCAAAGGAAAAGAGGGAAUACAGGGACCAAAGUGGCCGAGUUGAGACAUUCCCUGGCCCUGUUUGGGGCCGUGUCCCUGCCUCCUGCUUGCAGUCCCCUUCCUCAGAGCACAGGGGCUGCAGGGCGGGAGCGUGGAUGGUGCUGGGAUUGGGAUGGUUGGGAUGACUGGGAUUGGGAUGGUUGGGAUGACUGGGAUCGGGGGCUGCAGGGCUGGAGCAUGGAUGGUGCUGGGAUUGGGAUGGUUGGGAUGACCGGGAUCAGGGACUGCUGGAGCAAGGAGGGGGUCCCUGCCAGGGUGGAGACCCCCUGAGAGGGCCUGAGCCAGGGAAAGGGACGCCUGGCUCCUUCCCCAGCCGGCUGCAAUGGGAUGGGGGAGAGUGCCUGGGAUUUUUGGGCCCCCGGGAGGGGCUGUCCGGGAUUUUGGUGCUAAAACAAGUGAGCACAAGAGCAGGGGGUGGCCGGGGAGGGGGGACCCACAUCCCCCUGCCAAUCCUCUUCUUAAUCACGUUCUUGUCUGGGAAUGAGGGGGGGAGUAUCAAUGUGAAUAAACCGUUUUUUAAUGGACCAAAUAACACAGGCAAUUCCGUUUUGGG